GCGACAUUAUCAAGAACAGAAUCACCAGCAAUUUUGUAUCUUUCAGCAACAGCAAUUAAUCUUUCUGGUCUAAACGUUCCUUCUGUAUCUAUAUAAAGGCAUUUACCUUCUGCUCCUCCCAUAUCUAUAGUUAAUAAAAGGUAAACUAGUACAGAUAAAAGAUGCCUGCAGUAAUAGUAGGACCACCUCAACGUAGUGAACAGAUGUGGCAAGCAUUAAAGGCACAUAUUACAAGAGAACGACAACGAAAAAAACAGGAACAAGAAGCUGAUGCAGAAGAAGAACGUCAGAGAAAAGAGAGAGAACGUCAACAAAAGCAAGAUGUUAUGACUUUAGGUGAAACACGUGAACAAAUAUCCAAUCUUGAAAAUGAAUUGGCACAAUUAAAGGAUGAAAAGCAUCAAUUAUUUUUACAAUUAAAGAAAGUUCUUAAUGAAGAUGAUAAUAGAAGGCGUCAACUUAUUAAGGAAACAAGGGGCUGUUCUGAAGUAUUAACAGCAGUUGGAGGAUAUCCUGGUACUGUUUCUCAAGUAGUACAGUCUCCACUAUUUUUACCAUUACCACGUAGCAGCAGCCCUUUAUAUAAUAAAGUAGCAGUUGGUGCACCAACGCACACUCUUCUACCUAGUGGUCCAUUAAAAAGAUCACAUAGUCCUUCACCUCCACCAACAGCUUCUCCAUAUCAUGCUGGAUAUGGAUAUAAACCACCUCCUUCUAUUUCAAGUUAUAAUCCACCUCCACCUAAAUCUGAGGAUGCUGCUAGGAGAUCUAAUGAUUCUAGAGCUGUACUUUGGAAUAAAAACAAUCAAUAUUCUGCAUCAAACUUCUAUUCUACACCUACUGGACAAAGUGUUUAUAGUUAUUCUGCUCCAACUUCGCAGCAAUCCAGAGAACCUGAACUUGCAAAACCAGUAUAUUUAUCAGGAAAUAGAGGAGCAUUAUCUACACAUCAGACAGCAUAUGUAACUAGUUUACAUACUCUAGAACAUAAAGGUGCAUAUGCAGAAGAUAAAUUUUAUCUUCGCCCUGGUAGUCAUGUUACUGUACACGGUGGUGCUAUGCCGAUACAACAACCACCACAAACAUUUGAUUUUGUUUUAAAGGGAGCCAAAACAGGUGGUAUUACUUCUGGAUAUCCAGUACGAGCACCUCAACCACCACCUGGACCAUAUCCUCCCCCACCUCCUGGAACUUAUGUUAAUGCAUCAGGCGCUAAUAUACCUGGUCGUUUAUUAUAUACACAACCUGGUGCACGUUAUUUACAAAGAGAGGUAUAGAAUUAACAUUUAAAUAUCUAUGGUCUAUAAUGCAUAAUUAACAUACAUAUUUUAACCCUUUGCACUUGAGGACUUUUUCGCUUGCGCGAACCAACAACUCGAGACGAUUUCGAUCAAAUUAGGAAAACAUUUUACAAGUAUUUUAAAAAUCAUUUAUAAACAAACAAACGUAUACAAAUAAUAAAAUUUCACCAAUUUAUUUAUUUUUAUAUCGAAAACAACAAAAUUUGAUACAUAUUACACUCUGUAAUUAGUUUUCGUGUGAUAUUUCGUAAAACAAUGCCCAAGAUGCAUCCUAGGUUUAUCAGUAUCGCAGUAAUAUGUUACUUACCACCUACCUCCAGGCGUGUUACGGUCAGAGCAAAUCUUGUAGUCCCUUUUUGGCCCUUUUAGUACUAUAUGAAGCUUCCCAUUUAAUCGGAUUUCAUCGGAAUGCGACGUAGACGCUCACGAUGCUGACGAUAUGAUCCUCUCAAUUGCCUAAAUAUUUUUAGAAAUCACAAAUGGCUGAGGGGUUUUCCCUUUUUUUGGUCUUUUCUAGUUUAUACAAAAUGUAGGAAUUGAUCAGGCAAAUUUUCAUGCCUCAAAAAAAAGCUUACGCCUCCAUUUAAGCGAUUUUCACUGAAAAUACGUUGAUGCAGUCGAUCAACACCACCCAUAUAUUUUAUAUAAUUCAAUACAAUAUUGGGUUUCUUAACCAUUAUUUCCACACCACCUCGUGUAAUCCUUUUGACCGUCGAUAUUCCUGUGUCACUUUUCGUAAUCAAACAAGUGACAUAUUUACUGCCAAGACUGUUUCGAACGAAUGCUAUGAUGAGACUAGCUAAACUGAGCUAAGAGUUGAUUAAAAAUGUACAAAAAUUGUCAAAAUUGGCACGAAAGUAUUUCUGAGAGAAAUAUUUUAAGUAAACAGAUCAAGUUACAAAAAAGACCGUAGCAACGUCGCUUGAGUUAACAUUUCAAAUCUAUCGAACGUCGUAUCGGCGCCACUUGAGUGCAAAGAAUUAAUUUAGCUUAUAUAUUAUAAAGUAUUUACAGAACACAUAUGUGAAAAAUAAUAUACGAAUUCAUCUAUCAAACAAAAAAUAUUCUGUAAUAGCAAAUCUUUAUAGUAAACUGUUAAAAUUGUAUAGAGAUAUAUAUUUAUAUCUUAUACAUUGUGUACAUUAUUAUUUCUCAAGUACACAACGAGAGAAUUUGAUAUAAUUCAAUUUUUAAUGUUAUCGAUUAUUUUACGAUAUAUACAUGUACCAAUACGUAUUAAACAGUAAACUUUUGGUCUGUAGCUAAGUCAAUGGAAAAAAAAAAAAAAUAAAAUACAAUAAAAUAAUAUAAUACCAA